GCAUAUAUUUUUAAAAAACAAGCGCCGAGCAGAAGGCAAGUGGAGAUAGCGGGGCAGGAGGCAAAAGAGAAUUAGGGUUUUAUUAAAGAUUGCGGCGGAGAACUCUCCGUUCUCCGAUCAUGUCGUCUGGUUCGCCUCGCACGCGCAUCGAUCAGUUUUAUGCUUCCAAAAAACGGAAACCUCUAUCACCUGUUUUGAAACCUGGGAAGAAAAUUAACAACAACGAAGUAGAAGGAAGGUCUCCUAGUGCAAAAGGCACUCUGGACAAUUACUUGGUGACUUCACAGGAUGAUAAUAACACACGCAAGACUUUGCACACAGAGAGUGAUUUAUUGGGUCGCCAAGAUCCAGUUAGAAGGAAUUUGUCAUCGGAAAUUAAUAGCUCUUUGAAAGAUGAAAGCGAACGAGCCCCUUUGCCAUCUCAGUCUCAAACUCUUGAAGCGUUUGAAGCAGUUCAGAAGGGAAAAUCGGAAGCGUUAUCUGAAGUCGGCAAUGCUGAAGUUGGACUUGCAAAAGGCAACUCAGCAGCUCUGCUGCAAGGUGUAGAAAACUCGGAAUUAAAAAAGUUUGCAACAGACUUUUUGUCAUUGUAUUGUAGUGAUCUUCAGUCAAAUGUUAAUUUACCCUCAGAGUUGAACGUGAAUGACCAUAAAAGGCAAGCUAGUCCGUCACUGCCUCACAUAUCUAAAAAGAAGCAUUGCAGUAGGAAACAGUCGCAUUCAGGAUGUGAUGAGAAUAAUUCCGAAGAAACUCAGUCUGGGGUUCUUUCUAGAACUGGGGUUACCAUUGGUAAUAACAUGAUUGCCAUUCAGCCAAUUCUCAAGAGAUGUAGCAAUACGCCUAAAUCAUCUGUAAAGAUGACCGAGUGCUGUACACCGGGCUCAUUGACAACAAAAGCUUGUUUUCGUGAAACUCCGAAGUCAACACGUGGAAGCUCUAUAUUUUCACCUGGAGAAGCCUUUUGGGAUGAAGCAAUUCAACUUGCUGAUGGUUUGUGCGGUCCAAUGGUCAGCUUACGUGCUCAGGCUACUGAAGAAAUUGGUGCUGCGGAGAGCCAAUAUCCUACAAAGAACUCAUUCAAUUUUAGAGGUGGAAACUGCAACGGCAAGGCAAAAGAUGUGAUAAAUAAAGGUGACAAUAUGGAUAUAGGUGCAGAAUCCCACAUGGGUUUAGAUAAAGAAAAUUCCCCUCUUCCUGUUAAGCAUUUUGAUUUCUCACUUGAGGAGAGAAGUUCGGAUGACAGAAUCCCACAUCAUUCUGGAACAGAUGAUUUAAUGGGUAUGGCUGAUCGAGUGGGUGAGCAAUCUGAGUCGGGUCUCAUAGAUCAUAAUGUCCUGAGAAAUGCUAAUACUAUAAAUUGGCACAGCUCAUCUUGUACAGAUGAAGAAAUGUAUGGAAAACAAGAGAUGCCUUCUGUUCAUGCAGUGAUUCAAAAGAAAGUGGAUUUAGUGGGUGAGGAUAAUGAUAGCGUGAAAUCUGAUUCUCCACAUGAAGUUACAAAGCCAAUUGGUAACAAUGAAUCUGGUGAAAGUACUCCAUCAAGUAUUAUGCUGUGUAGAGAUAGAUUAAAUUUGGAUAGUUGGCUUCCGUCAGAAAUAUGCAGCAUAUAUAAAAAGAAAGGAAUUUUAAAAUUGUAUCCUUGGCAGGUUGAUUGUCUUCAGGUGGAUGGUGUAUUGCAGAGAAGAAAUCUUGUAUAUUGUGCAUCGACAAGUGCUGGUAAAAGCUUUGUUGCUGAAAUAUUAAUGCUGCGGCGAGUCUUGUCAUCUGGAAAAAUGGCACUACUUGUGCUUCCUUAUGUAUCAAUAUGUGCAGAAAAGGCAGAACAUUUGGAGGUUCUCCUUGAGCCACUUGGUAAGCAUGUUCGUAGUUAUUAUGGAAACCAAGGUGGUGGAACACUUCCUCAAGAUACUUCUGUGGCUGUCUGCACAAUAGAGAAAGCAAACUCUUUAAUAAACAGAUUGUUGGAAGAUGGUCGUCUGUCAGAAAUUGGAAUUAUUGUGAUAGAUGAACUGCACAUGGUUGGUGAUCGGAGUAGAGGCUAUCUUUUGGAACUUAUGCUAACAAAGCUUCAGUAUGCAGCUGGUGAAGGCACAUCUGAAGCAAGUAGUAGAGAAAGUUCAGCUAUGAGCAGUAGUAAGGCUGAUCCUGCUCAAGGUCUGCAAAUUGUUGGCAUGAGUGCAACCAUGCCCAAUGUGGCGGCUGUUGCUGAUUGGCUUCAAGCUGCAUUAUACCAAACAGUUUUCCGACCAGUGCCAUUAGAAGAAUAUAUUAAAGUUGGGAACACGAUUUAUAACAAAGAAAUGAACAUUGUUAGAACCAUCCCUAAAGCGGCCAACCUUGGUGGCAAAGAUCCUGAUCAUAUUGUGGAAUUGUGCAAUGAGGUUGUUCAAGAUGGUCAUUCUGUGUUGAUAUUUUGCUCUAGUCGAAAAGGCUGCGAAUCAACUGCUAGGCAUGUUUCAGGAUUCCUUAAAAAUCAGCGGGAUAAUGUUCAGAGUGAUGAUACUGAAUUUGCUGAUGUUGCUUCAGCUAUUGAAGCCUUGCGAAGGUGUCCGGUUGGAUUGGAUCCAGUAUUGGAAGAAACUCUUCCUUUUGGCGUUGCCUUCCAUCAUGCUGGGCUCACGGUUGAGGAAAGAGAGGUUGUUGAAACCUGCUAUCGCAAAGGCCUUGUUCGUGUUUUAACUGCUACAUCUACUUUAGCUGCUGGGGUUAAUCUUCCAGCUAGGAGGGUCAUUUUCCGUCAACCCAGGAUUGGUCGUGAUUUUAUUGAUGGGACGAGGUAUAAGCAAAUGGCUGGUCGGGCUGGUCGUACUGGAAUAGAUACAAAAGGAGAAAGUGUAUUGAUUUGCAAACCAGAGGAGAUCAAAAGAAUUUUGGCACUUCUUAAUGAGAGCUGUCCACCAUUGCAUUCUUGUCUUUCUGAAGAUAUGAAUGGAAUGAUUCAUGCAAUUUUAGAAGUUGUAGUUGGCGGGAUUGUUCAAACUGCUAAUGAUAUCCAUAGAUAUGUCAAGUGUACACUUCUCAACUCUACAAAACCAUUUGAAGAUGUGGUUAAGUCAGCACAAGAAUCUCUUAGAUGGUUGUGCCACAGAAAAUUUCUUGAAUGGAAUGAUACUACUAAGAUAUACAGUACCACACCUCUCGGGCGUGCAGCUUUUGGCAGUUCUCUCUCCCCGGAAGAAUCACUCAUUGUACUUGAUGAUCUUUCAAGGGCAAGAGAAGGAUUUGUACUUGCAUCUGAUUUGCAUUUGGUUUACCUGGUAACACCUAUUAAUGUCGAUAUUGAGCCAGAUUGGGAACUUUACUAUGAACGGUUCAUGGAAUUAUCUGCUCUUGACCAGUCUGUUGGCAAUCGAGUUGGAGUAACAGAACCAUUUUUGAUGCGGAUGUCACAUGGUGCACCCAUGCGCCCAUCAAAUAGGUCAAGAGAAAAUAUGAAAGGGUUGCAUGGCAAAUGUGGAAUCAGGCCUGGGAUCACAGAUACUUUGCUUUCAGAUGAUCAAGCCAUUCGAGUGUGUAAAAGAUUCUAUGUUGCUUUGAUCUUGUCGAGGCUUGUUCAGGAAGCCCCUGUAGCUGAGGUCUGUGAAGCUUUUAAAGUGGCCAGAGGCAUGGUACAAGCCUUACAAGAGAAUGCUGGAAGGUUUGCAUCUAUGGUAUCCUUGUUCUGUGAAAGACUUGGAUGGCAUGAUCUGGAAGGCUUGGUUGCCAAGUUCCAAAAUCGUGUAUCAUUUGGAGUAAGAGGAGAAAUUGUGGAGCUUACUACCAUACCAUAUGUUAAGGGUUCUCGUGCAAGGGCACUCUAUAAGGCUGGUCUGCGCACACCCUUAGCAAUUGCUGAAGCAUCUAUUCCUGAAAUACUCAAAGCUCUUUUUGAGUCUUCAUCAUGGGCAGCACAAGAAGGAUCAGGUCAAAGACGCAUACAAGUGGGAGUAGCCAAAAAGAUCAAGAAUGGUGCACGCAAGAUAGUUCUAGAAAAGGCAGAAGAAGCGAGGAUUGCUGCAUUUGCAGCCUAUAAAUCACUUGGAUUUAAUGUCCCUCAGUUUUCUCGACCAGCAUUUUCAACUGCCAUUGGCAGUCCUCAUCUGGAAGAGCCUACAACUUCUUCUCCUGGAAAUAAUGAUGAAACUAUUAACUUUGUUGAUGUAGAACAUGUGGAACAUGCAACUAAGCAAUCUUUGGAAGGGAUUGUUCGUUCAAAUAAAGUUAUCUCAAUAAGUGGAAUAAAGUCCACUAAAAUAUCAGAUACUGGCAUAGGGGCUUCAACUGAAGGGAAUUCAACUGGUGACAUGCAAAGUAAUGUUGGUGCUGACAAUUCCAUGGUACCAAUGGAGGACUCUGUUAGUGUUCAAGGUGAGCUUAAUGCUACUGCUGAUCAUACAAAAAAUGUUGAUAUAGCCCACCCAAUUCAGUUACAAAAACAAGGUGAUAGAACCAUGACAGAUGAUAAGUGUUUUGAUCCUGAAAUGGGGAAAAUGAACAGCAGGGAAAAUUUAUUUUCUGGACAUAAGUUCAGUGCCUGUGGCCCUAUCAAUGCAAUUAAUACUUCUGGUGGGUUUGAUUCUUUCUUGGAUCUCUGGGACACUGCUGGAGAAUUUUGUUUUGAUAUCCAUUAUAAUAAAAGAUCAGAAGUGAACACUGCUGCCCCAUUUGAGAUACUUGGCAUAGCCAUUUGUUGGGAAAAUUCUGCUGUGUACUAUGUGAAUAUUCCUAAGGAUCUGUUCUGGUUUGACAAGGAAAGGAAUCAUUGCUCACACUUGAAUGCAUCUGGUGACAAGAAGAAUGUUUUGAAUCUUGAUCAUAGGUUGGAGAUGGUGAGACAUAGAUGGAACAGGAUAAGUGGAAUAAUGGGGAAAAAAGAUGUGAGAAAAUUUACGUGGAAUUUGAAAGUUCAGAUUCAGGCACUCAAAAGUCCUGCAGUUUCACUUAAGAAAUUUGCCUGCCAGCAGCUUGCAGCAGGGGAAAAUAUGGGUUUUGAGAUCAUAGACAGCUUAUUCUUAUUGUUGACCCCAAUUCAUGUAAGAGAUGGAAUUGAUAUGUGCAUUGUAGCGUGGAUUCUGUGGCCUGAUGAGGAGAGAAGCUCUAAUCCUAACCUGGAGAAGGAGGUUAAGAAAAGGUUGUCUGGUGAGGCUGCGGCAGCUGCUAACCAAAAUGGCAGGUGGAAGAAUCAGAUGCGAAGAGCUGCACAUAAUGGUUGCUGCCGCCGGGUUGCACAAACACGGGCCUUAUCUUCUGUUCUUUGGAAAUUACUUGUUUCCGAAGAACUUACUGAAGCACUUUUGAACAUAGAAAUCCCAUUGGUAAACAUUCUUGCAGAUAUGGAGGUUUGGGGAAUGGGUGUUGAUAUGGAGGGAUGUCUGCAAGCACGUAAUGUGCUAGGGAAGAAGCUAAGGCAACUUGAGAAGGAAGCUUAUAAGCUGGCUGGUAUGACAUUUUCUUUGUACACGGCAGCAGAUAUUGCAAAUGUACUUUACGGACACUUGAAGCUACCAAUACCAGAUGGGCACAACAAAGGAAAACAGCAUCCAAGUACAGACAAGCAUUGUUUGGAUCUAUUAAGGCAUGAGCAUCCUAUUAUUCCAGUCAUUAAAGAGCAUCGGACAUUGGCAAAGCUCUUAAACUGUACAUUGGGAUCAAUUUGCUCACUCUCUAGGCUGUCUGUCAAGACACAAAAGUACACUUUACAUGGUCAUUGGCUCCAAACAUCAACUGCAACUGGACGGCUUUCAAUGGAGGAACCUAAUCUACAGUGUGUAGAACAUAUGGUUGACGUCAAAAUUAAUAAGGCUAAAAAUGGAAGCGACACUGAUGCUGACUGUUAUAAAAUCAAUGCUCGUGAUUACUUUGUUCCUACGCAGAACAAUUGGUUACUUUUGACAGCAGAUUAUUCCCAGAUUGAAUUGCGGCUGAUGGCUCAUUUUUCUAAAGAUGCCUCCCUAAUGGAACUCCUUAGUAAGUCUAAUGGUGAUGUAUUUACCAUGAUAGCGGCAAGAUGGACAGGGUGUCCAGAAGAUUCUAUUGGUUCUCAUGAACGAGAUCAGACCAAAAGGUUAGUAUAUGGCAUCCUUUAUGGAAUGGGCACCAACACCCUUGCAGAGAAUCUUAAAUGCAGUCCAGCUGAAGCUGCUGAGAAAAUCCAAAGCUUUAAGAGUUCUUUUCCUGGAGUUGCUUCUUGGCUUUGUGAAGCAGUUGCAUACUGUCUUGAGAAGGGAUAUGUGAAAACCCUUAAGGGAAGAAAGCGGUUCUUGUCAAAAAUAAAAUUUGGAAACAGCAAGGAAAGAGCAAAGGCUCAUAGACAAGCUGUGAAUUCUAUUUGCCAGGGCUCUGCUGCUGAUAUCAUUAAGAUCGCUAUGAUAAACAUUUAUUCUGUGAUAUCUGGAGUUGACAGUCCUGAUUCUACUUCCUGGCUUGCAACAAAGUUUCAUAUGCUAAAGGGCUGCUGUCGGAUUUUAUUACAGGUACAUGAUGAACUGGUUUUGGAAGUUGAUCCUUCUAUGAUAAAGGAAGCUGCAUUGUUGUUACAAAUGUGCAUGGAGAAUGCUGCUUCGCUUCUUGUUCCUUUGCAUGUCAAACUGAAAGUUGGAAGAACAUGGGGUUCUCUUGAACCUUUCCAGGCUGAUCAAUACAGAGAUAAAUUCUUGUGCCCGGUUCAUAGAUUGUGAAAGUUUCAUUUUGUUGACCAGAGAAAGCCAAAGCUUCAUGAUGUUGGAGGGCUAUGAUUAAUGCUUGUUUUACAUAAUGACUUGAAUGAGAGCCAGGUAUGAGCUUGUCGCUCAAUUUGCAUUUUUGCAAUUGUUUUUGCCCUCAUCUCAUGGCUAGAAGUUCUGAAAAAGGAAACUGUAGAGGUGUUUGAGAAUUGCUAUAGGUGCCUCAUUCAAUUUUGUUUGCUUUCCACUUUUCAUCAACUUGAUGUCAAAGGAAUUAAAAGUAUGGUAUUCUACCAUUGGUCAUGUGGAUCUUGAUGUGGCUGUUGCAUGUCCUUCGUCAGGUAUGAUCAAUGCUCCAAAUUUUCAACUGUUCUGAUUUUAUUGAUGCUUUGCAUAUUUGGUAAAAAAGUGACUUACAUAUUGACUGUUAUCCAGAUUUGUUCAAGCAAUUCUCCUGGUUUUAGCACCUUUAGUUUUUAAACUAUGAUAACAUUAAACCUCAAUUCAUUGCCGAAUUUAUCUAAAUUUUCUAGAGUGCUUAUAUAUUUAUGGUAUGUUGAUGUUGCUAUUUUUUAUAAUCUUAUGUUGCUAUUUUGGUUUACAGAGAAAUAUGUACAUGUGUACAAUUGCUUGUGGUGAAUUAUAAUCCAAUUGCCCCAGGAAUACCAAUAAUAUCUUAAAAUAAAUGUUUGUAACCUUUCAUUUGAUUAGACCUCUUAGGGUUUGGAAUACUAAAUGUUGGAAUACUAGGCACUCCCCCAGAAACGAAAUUAGGCUGUCUGAUUUUAUUCUCAUGUUGAUUAUUUAUGAUCUGUAGUCUAGAAAUAGAGAUUAUAAAAGUGUACGUCUAUUCAUAAGAAUUUGUUAAUCUAAAAUUCGUUCGUGGGCUGGCUAAGUCGGCCUCUUGGUCUUAAACGCUUUUGAAGUGAUAAUAUAUGAUCAUGAAUUGACCCUGAA